GUAGCUACCUGCCUUCUCGAGUCCCGUAAAUAGCGCGCAAUCAUAAGUGAAGACGGUUCCGGAGGUGAAGUCGUGUUCACAAUGGCUGGCCAGGAGAAAACAAUCCCAAAUGGAAUUAAAUUUCUGUUCGGUGGAUUGGCGGGGAUGGGGGCUACUUGCUUUGUACAGCCACUGGACCUUGUCAAGAAUAGGAUGCAAGUUGCCACAAGCAGGGAGCACAAGACAAGCUUUCAUGUAAUCAGACAUAUAGUGCAGAAUGAAGGCAUGACAGCACUUUACUCUGGUCUGUCUGCUGGGCUUCUGCGCCAGGCCACCUACACCACCACCCGUCUUGGUAUUUACACCUGGCUGUUUGAGAAAGCCUCAGGGCCCAAUGGUGAGCCACCAAACUUCCUGAUGAAGGCUUGCCUUGGCAUGGCAGCAGGUGUGGUGGGCUCUUUUGUAGGCACCCCUGCGGAGGUGUCAUUGAUACGAAUGACUUCAGAUGGUAGGCUGCCUCCAGCUGAACGUCGCAAUUAUAAGAAUGUAUUGGAUGCACUCGUCAGAAUGACUCGAGAGGAGGGUCUGUUCACCCUGUGGAGGGGAGCCAUACCAACUAUGGGGAGAGCCAUGGUGGUAAAUGCUGCUCAACUAGCAUCAUACUCCCAAGCAAAACAGGCAUUAUUGGGAACUGGCUACUUCCGAGAGAAUAUUUUCCUUCAUUUCUGUGCUUCCAUGAUCUCCGGCCUGGUUACAACUGCUGCUUCCAUGCCUGUUGAUAUUGCAAAAACAAGAAUUCAGAAUAUGAAGAUGAUUGAUGGAAAACCUGAAUAUAAAGGAGCAUUUGAUGUUCUUGGAUCUGUAAUACGUAAAGAAGGUUUCUUCUCCCUCUGGAAGGGAUUCACCCCCUAUUACAUGCGUCUUGGCCCUCAUACAGUCCUUACCUUUAUCUUCCUUGAGCAGAUGAAUCUAAUGUACAAGAAACACGUGCUUGGGGAUUCCUCAGCCAAGGGAGGAGGAUUGUAGAUUAGACUAAUACAAAGGCAGUCACAAUCUCCCAUUGGUGGUAUUGGUUAAUGUAGGUCAUUUCCAUUUUUUGCAAAAUAGUGAAGAAGCAGUGCAGUAAAGAAAGGUUAAAGAUGGUUUUAAGUACUGCAUAGGAUGGUUACAUGCUUUAGACACAAUUAAAACAAUUAAUUUUGCCAUUCUCAUGAUUGAUAAUGGGAAUUGUUUCUGAGUAGAGCUGAAGAAAACACUGCUUUAUUAGACUACAUAAAAAGAAAGUUCAUUAAAAUUAUCUGUACAACUACUGCUACCAUGACCGUUGCCAGUAAUACUACAUGCCUGGAAUUCCUUGCUCAAUUAUGAACAAGAUGCGAUCUCUCUCUCUCUCUCUCUCUCUCUCUCUCUCUCUCUCUCUCUCUCUCUCUCUCUCUCUCUCUCUCUCUCU